UAAUGGAAAUUAGGUAUUUUUAAUUGAUUCUUACAUGUGGUCCGAGCUCCCGACGGCCAGUAAUCAUCGGCAGCUGGUCAUCAACCUCAAAUCAUCAUAAAUCCUAGAACUUCUUUCGAUCAGUCGCCUCCAUUGACGACUACAAUAAGCCACGAUGCUUUCGCGAUUGACUAUCCGGAGGUCUCUGCAGCUCCAUCAGCGAGCAUGCGCGACUCAACGAACUUUCGCACUCUCCGCCCGCCUUCUUGAUACCAAGAACCCGAUCGAGGUCAGAGCCGAGACUACCCCCGAAACCAAGAGCGAAGAGGACUCGUUGGGAGUGGUAGAGAAUCAAGAGAGGGGCUUGAAGCAGGCGCCAAACCGAACCGAGAUCUGGUCACGGAGUCAAAGACCAAGGGCUAAGGCUAUGACUGGCCCGAGAUUCGAACAGACCGAUUUCUCUCUUCAACCUCAACCUCACGCAGCUAUUGAUCUCAUCCACAAGAAGCCAGUCGAGUGGACUCACAGCCGAGUAGUAGCAUGCGACGGUGGAGGGGGCCCGGCGGGACAUCCUCGAAUCUUCAUCAACACAGACAAGCCGGAGAUUGCUACUUGCAACUACUGCGGUAAUCCAUUUGCAAACGAACAUCACAGAGAGCACCUAGAAUCAUUACCGCAGACCUCGUAUCCUCUCGCAUAAGGAUAGACACUCGCUCGUCAAAUGGUAGUCACGGAGUAGCGCUGAACUGAUAUUAUAUUAUACAAUUCUCAAGUCUACUCAGGUCAAACAGGGAGUCCAUCCAGCUAUGUACAUAUUAUUCCGACUGCUCAAGUAUCUAGAAAUGCUUUAUAAAGUCAGCACCUGGUAAAAGCACAACACAAAAACAUCAUACUCGCAAAUUCCGCUCUUUGUUGACUGACUUACAUUUAUUUGUUCACUCAUUGGUUGAUUUAUCCCCAAGGCUAAGUACAAGGUAAUCUCUUAGGUACUUUUACAUAUGAUACGUAAUGUUUAGCAAUUGCAUAACCGGAUCAAGACAAAGGUACAAUACAAGACGGUUCAAGUACCCGUAGUCUCCAAUUGAACCUACAGGGGGAGAAGAUUAACCCCACCAAAGCUGC